GUGCACGUCCAGGAGGUGGUCAAGCACGUGCCGAAGGUGCACGUCCAGGAGGUGGUGAGGCACGUGCCGAAGGUGGAGGUGCAGGUGUGCGAGAGGAUCGUCGAGGUCCCGCAGGUCCAGACGGUGGAGAAGAUCGUCGAGGUGCCCCAGGUGCAGGUCCAGGAGGUAGUGCGCCACGUGCCGAAGACCGUCAUCGAGGAGGUCGUGCACCACGUCCCCAAAAUCGAGGUCCAGGUCCAGGAGAGGAUCGUCGAGGUGCCGAACGUGCAGGUCAGAACGAGAGUUCGACUCGAGCCUUCGAGUAAGUUCAAGGCUAAGCCUGCGAGCAAGCGCAAGGCGAAGAAGGCGAACAAGCGCGGUGGCAGAGCCCCAGAGACGAGAGCCCACCGCCAGAACCGAGGGAACGCCUGGAGGAAGCUGGCCGAGUGCGGUGACGCCGCUCAGCUUACGGAAGAGGAGCGAGCAGCGGUGAAGCGACAGCUCGCGCUCAAUCUCCAGCGUCAGGCGAAGGCCGACAAGGAAGAUGGAGGAUGCGAGGCCAGCUUCAAGGACAAGCCGGCAGAGAACGAGGGCCUCGUGACGAGAUGA